AUGUCGCGCGAUAAGGAGCUUAGAGCCCAUGAGGCUGCUCUGGAACCUACGGAUCAGGAUGAUUGGGAUAUGCAGCGUCUGGGCAAGGUCCAGCAGUUGAAGAGAAAUUUCCGAUUCUAUUCGAUCCUGGGGUUCACGACUACUUUGAUGGCUACUUGGGAGUCGAUCUUAUUGACGAGUACCUAUGGUUUAACUGAUGGCGGUCGCGCCGGUAUGGUCUAUGUCUAUAUCGGUUCCUUCGUGGGAUUCUUUGCCGCGGUUAUAUCUAUGGCUGAAAUCUCUUCGGUUUCCCCAACAUCCGCUGGACAAUACCAUUGGGUCAGCGAAUUUGGCCCCCCAAGAGCGCAACGGUUCUUGAGCUACCUCACUGGUUGGUUGUCUGUCUUGGGUUGGCAGGCUGCAUUUGCUAGUAUUUGCUUCCUGUGCGGUACCCUGAUUCAGGGACUGCUUGUUUUCAACUACUCCGGAGACACCGGCUAUGUAUACGACUACCACCGCUGGCACGGAACUCUGCUCACAAUUGCCAUCGCAGCGGUCGGAACCCUCAUCAACACCUACGGCGCGAAGUUCCUGCCCUCCCUUGAGGGUGUCAUUUUGGGUCUUCACUUGGGCGGAUUUGUCGCAGUUCUGGCCACGAUGUGGGCAAUGUCAUCUGGGAAAGCCCCCAACGAGGAGGUGUGGAAAGAGUUCACAAACUCGGGCGGAUGGUCCAGUAUGGGUUUGGCUUGUUUGGUCGGCCAGCUGACUCCGAUCUUCUCAUGGACUGGACCCGAUGCGGCAACUCACAUGGCCGAGGAGGUCCAAAAUGCUUCCUUUAUCAUUCCUUGGUGCAUGGUCUCCACUGCCUUGAUCAAUGGAGGCCUUGGAUUCGUCAUCCUGGUCACCCUUCUAUACACCAUGGGCCCCCUUAAUGAUGCCAUUCUUGACCCGGCGAGCGGCUUCUCGUUCAUCCCCGCUGUUCAACAUGCCACUGGAUCCGUGGCGGCCACAAACGGCGUGGCGGCGAUUAUCCUUGUGAUGGAAGUUUGCAGUGCUAUCAGUAUUCUGGCCACUGCCUCCCGUCAGACCUUUGCUUUUGCUCGCGACAAUGCUCUGCCUUUCUCCAAAUCCCUGUCGCACGUCAACAGCCGUAGCGGGGUUCCCGUCACGUCCGUGUUGGUUUCCACCAUCAUCACUGUCUUGCUGAGCUUGAUUAACAUCGGAUCAACCGCCGCCUUCAACGCCAUUGCAUCGGUCAUGAUCGCCGCAUUGUUCACAACCUACAUUCUCUCCAUCGCAGCCUUCAUUAGAGCUCGAACUCUUCCGGGCGGAAUUCCUCCCUCUCGCUUUUCGCUUGGUCGUCUUGGCAUGCCCAUCAACGUGUUCGCAGUUGCUUGGCUUUGUUUUUCGAUUAUUUUCACAUUUUUCCCCACCGCCGCCGACCCGACCCCCGUUGAUAUGAACUGGUCGAUUCUGGUAUUUGGCGUUGUCGUCAUCUUCGCCGUUGUGCAAUAUCUCGUCCACGGCACUCGUAUCUACGAGGCGCCUGUUACACAAGUACGCAAGACCAACUAA